UCGUUCGCGUUCGACGAACAAAGGCCAAAGGUUCUUGUAAAUUUGUGCAUCAAGAAAGGGAGCGACUAGAAACACAAUGCUUUUGUUUUACUUUGUUUUGUUUUUAAUCGCCGUCUCCAUUUCACCUUGUUCUUCUACUCUUUCGUCGCGUGCAGAUGUGAAGAUUAUUGAGGUUUCUCAAGUUCAUGGAGCAGACAACAGCACGUGUUGGAAUGAAACUACAGUUCCUUGUAAAACCUUGAAUUACGCUUUGGAACAUAUGUCCAAUUCAACGUUUGUGCGGCUACGAUCAGAGAAAUAUUCCUUUAACCUAACGGAACAUUUCAACUUUACUGGCUUAAGAGAGAUUGGACUUAUUGGAGACAAAGAAGCUGUAUUCGUUGACUGUUUUCAAAACGGAAGUCUCUCUUUCGUAGAAAGCGAAAACAUUACGUUGGAAAGAAUUUCGCUUAGUGGUUGUGGAGGUUUGCAUAACAGCACAACUGGAGAAGCAUUUGGAAAUUAUCCUCGAAUACCAUUCCUAUCGGCUGUUUAUCUUUCUGAUUGCAAGGAUGUGAUUGUAAAUAACUGUAGUGUUGUUCAAAGUCCUGGGAUUGGCUUGAAUAUGUACGAUGUGGGAGGUGAAGUCCGCAUCACGCAUUCCCGGUUUGAAAGCAAUCAUCCACUCAAAUCCACACCGGAGGAUAUAGCGAUUGCUGGAGGUGGUGUUUACAUCGAGUUUACCCUCAAAAACGAAACCAAAAUGUCGGCAUUUCCUUCCGAUCUUGAGAAAACACCGCGUACAUUUGAUAGUGACAGCGUUUACACUUUUCACAAUUGCAUAUUCAGAGACAACCUUGCGAAAGAUCAGAGAUUUUCAACUUUUAUCGACACUCCACAUGGGAAUGAUCAUAUACCCUUUGGAAGGGGAGGAGGAUUGUCAAUAUUUGUGAAAGGUGUGGCACAAAAUAACCUCAUUCAGAUAACUCACUGUUAUUUUGAAGACAAUCAUGCUCUCUGGGGAGGGGGAAUUUUCAUCGAGUUUCAAGAUGAAGUGCAGAACAACACACUUGAGGUAAAGAAUUGCCAUUUUAUCAAUAAUAAUGCCUCUUACGCAGGCGGAGCCAUUAGGAGUGGUACAAUAGCAAACAGUGACCAUCAGCAGUUACUUCCAAACCAAGUGAUGAGCGAGGGCUGUUUGUUUACAAAUAACAGUGCGGUUCUUGGUGGUGGAGUCUCACAUCAUGGAAUUGGCUCUUUGCUAAAAGUAGAGAACAGUAAAAGCCUCCACAUCCAUUUCUCAAAGUGUCAGUGGACCAAUAACAGGGCAACAAUGGGAUCUGCCAUUGGCCUUGCUGGUGGUGCACUUAUCAUUGGUAGUCAGGACUUGACUUCAAAGGGACCUAGGCUUGUUCACAGCAUUAUUCUUCAAGAGUGCAAUAUCACUAACAAUCCAAUUGUGUUGACAGAGGACGGAGAUGUCAUUGGUCAAGGAGCAAUUUAUUCGUACUCAAUCCCUGUCAUCUUUCAGGGAGUUGUAAACAUUGAUUCUAAUAACAGUACUGCUAUGGUGACCGAGAAUGUUAUGCUACACAUUGUUGGUAAUGUUACCUUCCGAAACAAUACGGGUGGACAGGGGGGUGCUUUGGGAUUGUACGGCACUUCAGUUAUAAUGCUAAUGCCACACAGUAACCUUAACUUUUUUGACAAUGUUGCACUGCAGCAAGGAGGAGCUAUCUAUGUUAGAGAUUCUGGUCCACCUGUCGUGGCAUUUCAUACAACUUAGCUGAAUACUCGGCCAUGUUUUAUUGCCUAUAACAACACCUUCAGUCUGGAGGGAGUCACCACAUGGAAAACCAAGGUCAUUUUUAAGGGGAAUAAGGCUUUGGCAAGUGGCGGUGGAAACUCUGUUUAUGCAUCAACUCUCCAAGGUUGUCGCCAAGCUGGACAACCUCGUAUAAAUAAUGAAACUCUUGAGUGGCACAAUGUCAUUGAGUAUCAAGAUGAUAUGAGCCCUAAAAAACAGAUCUCUACAGAUCCUGUGAAAAUAAAACUCGAUGAUAGUGAAUGGAGGGUUUCUCCCAGUGAGGUUUUUAAUGCUUCUGUGGAACUUAUUGAUGAAAAAAAUAGCAUGGUGUUUGGCAUUGUCAACUUAGCUAUCACUGAUGACAAUGGUGGUGGUGAUGUGAAACUUGGUACAACUUCUAACCUGUUUCUCAUUCAAGGCAACUCAACCAAAAUUAACAACUUGCAUCUUUUAGGAAAGGUGCGUAGCAAGUUCAAAGUGCAAGCUAGUACAGUUGCAGGUCGAGUUGUCCAAAAUUCAUCUAGGCCAAUAGAAUUACAAACUUGUCACCCUGGCUUAAAACAACAGGAUGGUAGGCUCAAUUGUAUCUGUUUAGUUAAAGAGCCUGGUGUUUCAAAAUGCAGUGCUGAUUUCACACAUGUGUUCUUAAAAAGAGGAUACUGGGGGGGGAAAUUAAAGGAAAAUGAAAGUGACUUCAUUACAUAUCCUUGUCCACCAGGUUAUUGCAACUUUUCUAAACAUGAUGCAAGCUUUCAAUACAACUCCAGAACUCUGUGUGUUGAAGGCCGCAAAGGCUCAAGUGUUUUAUGUGGAGCAUGCAAAAAUCAGUAUUCUGUUAUGUUAGGAAAUGAAACUUGUUCACAUGACUGUAAAAACACCGAUCUGUGGCUUCUUCCGGUUUUUUUAAUAGUGACACUGUUCAUGGUAUUGGUGGUGCUUCGUAUCCAGUUAGACAUCUUCACUACAUACCUCAAUACUUGGUUGUAUUCCUACCAAAUAAUUUCAUUUCUUCUUCAAAAGGGACAAUACCUUGACCGAGUUAUUAAAUUUGUUAUUGGCAUCGCUAAUUGGAGAGUCAAAGGCGUUGGAAGUUGUUUUUUUUCAGGAAUGACUAACCUUCAAAAACUUGGUGUUAAUUAUAUCCUUCCUUCGUAUGUUCUUCUGACACUUCUUAUUUUGGCCAAGAUUGCAAAGUGCCGCCCUACUUGUUACAUAAAUAGGAACAUUUCUCAAGCCUUGUGCACCCUAUUGGUUCUCUGUUAUACAAAUGUUACAAUGAUUUCUUGCAACAUCAUUCAUUAUGUUCCCAUACAAGGAAUAUGGGUGCUCUAUGCAGAUGGUAACAUCGACUUCAUAAGAGAUUGGAAGACACACUUGCCAUUUACCAUCAUUGCUUGCCUGUGGUUCAUCCUUUUCAUCAUAUUUGUACCAUUGGUUCUGUUAUUCACUCCCUGGUUCUUGCGGCAUUUUCAAUUUUUGAACAAUUUCAGGUUAUUUUUUGACACCUUCCAACAGUGCUUCAAAGAUAGAUAUAGGUGGUUUGCUGCUUUUUAUUUCCUCUGCCGCAUUUACAUCUUGUUUAUUGCCCUGUUUUUUCCAUUCUCACCUUUGAAGAGAUCUAUCCUAGAGGUUUCUUGUGUCAUAAUUGUGGUGAUCUGCCUCUACCUUCGGCCUUAUAAGAGUAACAGGAAUGGCAACGCAAAUUACAACUGGUUGAAUACUCUUGAUGCUGUGCUUCUCACAAACUUGUGUUUUGUUGUCAUAUUCAGUUCAAGCAUCAUCGGUGAUGCCUCGGAUUCUGUUCAGCUUAGGCUACAGACAACUGUCAAUGUCUUGGCAUAUGUCCCACUUGCCUACCUUCUCUGCCUUGUCUGCUAUUAUGGAUGGAAUUUCUUUUGUCCAAGGAACUUGGACUUUGAUUACCAACGAAUGGUACCAGAAUCUCCCUCUUCUACUGAAAGUACUCCUCAAAGCCAAGCACAGCCCAUUUAGAGUCAUAAUGUUCAUACACUGGUCAAACUGUUUGAGAAACUAAAUAUCACACUCCAAUUUAGUGAUUUUGCUCAUAUCAGGGAGCUUCACUAGGGUGAAAAAUUAAUAGGCAAUAGCUAUUGUCGAACCUUACCCCACCCAAUGGUGAAGACUCGGAGACUUUUUUCAUUUGGGAGUUGAGCCACAGUACUCCUUAUUGAAUCUAAUUUUUAUGAGGUCAUUUAUUUGCAGGCAACACUUUGCCCUGGACUGAUUGUUAGAAACUUUUAGAAACUAACUGUAUUGGAGACCAGAUCUGAGAAAGGGCUAGAAAUUGUGCCAAGCUUUGCUUUGGUGUAAUGUGAUAGCCAAAAGGCUAGGUAACAUGAAGGUUUUCCUAGUAAAACAUUUUUGUCAAAAAAUACAAAAAAGAAGUAAUGAUGACUGAAAUAUUAAAAAAAAAAAAAAAUUAAACAAGAUGUUAGGUAUCAGAAUUAUAAUUGCAACAUGGAGACCAAAAAUAGUUUUGCCAUUUUCAUGUUGUGAAUAUAGAAUUGCAACCACCUCAUUGAAGAUUCUGCGGAUUGAAAGCUUUUAUUCAAUCAUUAAGAUUUUAGACUGUGGAUGAAAUGGGCUUGGAAAAAUAAUACUUACCAGAUGCUUUUAUCUCUACUUAUUGCUGACUUCAUCUUAAAAGUUUUACUUUUUGCUAGACCUUGGGAUUAUUUUAUUAUGACAGAGGAAAUGAAUUUUCUUUUUUUCUUUUUUGUUUUUUUGGAGAGCCCAUCAGAAUAAUAGAAAGAUGUGUCAUUGUCCAAAAAUAAGUGUAUUUUAAUUUUUACAUUGAUUUAAUUUUACCAAUGAAGAUAAAAGUGACAAUAAUUCACUAAUCAUUUUUUUCAGACAUUUCAUAGAGUCCUACAGUUACGAUGAAAUGAUCUAUUUGUACUUCUCUGGUUUUCUUUGUUUGUGUAUUUCAUGUUUGUAAUCAGAUUAGAAAGGGAUUUGUGAGUUGAACAUGGACAAAGUCACCCAGCACUACACAACUUCAAGGGGCAAUAAGCCUGUGAGUGUGAUCUUUCAUUGCUGGUUAAUAAAUUUAUCAGCAUCUUAGCAAAUAUUUUUUCAUUUAAUUAGAGCAAUGUGUUAUUAUUUUUUGUGUGUAUUUAUCUUUUUACUUGCUGAUCAGACCUUAAUGAUAAAGAGAAAUACCUUCAAAUCAAAAAUGUAUUUUUAUGAACAAUUUUUUGUGCCUCUAAGAUGAUAUAAAAAACUAAUAUAAUUUUUUUUUUUUGAGAAGAGGUUAGUUGAUUUUUAUCAGUGAAAUUCUGAAUACAUUUUAAGGCUUUAAUGUAUAGUAUAACAUUUUUUUUAAAGAUAAUGCAUGAGGGAUUCCGUUUUAAAACCCUUUCACUCCCAAGAUCUCAUUAGAAAUUCUCCUUACUUGUCUGCCAUGUAAUUCUUAUCAUGUCAGUUCAGAGAAUUUGGUUUUGGAUCAGCAAAUUGAGUAAUCCCCUUAUUGAUAUUUUCCUUUAUUCUUAUCAUAUGCCAGUUGAUAUUCUAUUGAUGUUGUAGGGAGAAAUUAUGUCUUGGUCACUUGUGGGAGUCUAAGGGUUUUAAUUAACACAGUCCUAGGAUAUCUUUGUAUUUGUUGAAAGCAACCAUUUGUAAUUGUACUGUCGAAUUCUUUUGUUUCAUUAUCAUUCCUAUUUCUGACUUCUAGUUGUUACACAGAUCCUUGUAAAAGAAUUUGUUGCUGAAGCGAGACGGUAGUUUAUUUCUGUUAAGUUUACUUAUUCUCACAACCUAUUUGGUGGAAAGUGUAUUAACCUUUUCACUUCCAAGAUCUUAUUUGCAAUUCUCUCAACUAUCUGCCAUAUAGUUCUUAUAUAAUGUUAGUGUGGAGAAUUUGUAUUGGAUCAACUGAUAAUCCCCUGAUUUUCCUUUUUCCUUAUUCUCAUUACUUGUCUGCUUAAUGUUGUAUUGAUAUUGUAAGGAGAAAUUGUCUUUUGGUCGCUCAUGGGAGGUAAAGGGCUAAUUAAUGGUGGGAAGUUACCAGAUAAUCAUCUGCGGUACAUCUUUGGUAAUUUUAUGAUGUAUUAAAGCAAGACUUUUAAGGCUUUUUUCUUUUCUUUAACUAAAAUAGCAUUGUAAUCUUUAAAUUAAAAAUUAAAAUAGCAUUUUAAUA